AUGCCUUUCUUCGACCCUGAGACAAUCGGCAACGUGAGCUCUCUCAACAUGGACGAAUACCGCUUCAUCUACAAUCCGCCCGAUUCAACGCCUCGACUUCCACGAGAGUGGACACGGGGAUGGCUCAGGAGGCCGAGAUUUCAACUUGGACUUAUCCUGCUGGUCUUAGUGGUGCUCACCACCAUCACUCCACUGGGCCCGCGCGUCACUUCGAUUUACGAUUCGCUCAUCGAUGAAUUCGUCACAACAAUCCGAGACGAAUUCGCAAAGAUUCCUGAGGUUGUCGUGCCUCCGGGGGUAUCUGUUGUCGAGCAAGCGCAACUACAAAAGGUCGCAGACCAGAUGCUGCUUUUGUACCGCACUCUAGUUGAUUUGCGCUACAUCGACCCCCGAGGGGUCCAAUAUGGACCGCACAGAGUAGACGUCGAGGCAGGCUUGGAUCUUGGGAUUGAUCCGCGAGUCAUUUAUUUACACCAGAUACUUCCAACUGUCGAUCCGGUCGAGGCAGGGGAGCGCAGGUUUCUCUUCGGCGGAGACUUCUCGGGCGCUACUUUUCGACAGCCACAGAGGAUGACUUUGGAUCUGGGAAACUUGACUCUGCCCGGCUCCCAUCGAUCACCGAACGAUACUUCAAUCGCUCGUUUGAGUGAUUCUCCCGAUGGCGCUCCAGUCAUGAUAUAUGACACAGAAACUGGUAAGUCUUCGUCAAACAAGAUCGGUGGCGCGCACUGACCAAAUGAGAGACCAUAUGUGGAUUCUGGUCCGAACUCCACGGGAAUCGCCAGAAAGCGCGAGUAUACUGUUCAACCAAGGCAAACCGGCAGUCGAAGCUCUCGAUUCGAUAGACCACAUGCUGCGGCGUCUAGACAUCAUUCCUGGAGUAUCAGGGAGCUCAAGAGACCCGACGUUCGAAUACAAGGCCGUCAAAUAUCUCUACGAAGCCACGCAUUGGUACGGGGCAUUUGAUGGAGACUCGUUUGAGGCGUCUCGCGAUAUUCUGUAUGCUAGUGCCCAUGAAUACUAA